CUGUAAACACACAUAGAUUUUAUACAAAUCUGCACAGUUACACACACACACACACACUCAACUCUGAUCCAUUACGUAAAGAAAGGAUACAUUGCUUCCUCUACUUUCCAAGCUCAUAACACUUUGGACACUGAGGACGUUUUUGCCUCCUGGACAAGAAUAAAGCGACACUUUCUGGAGAAAGAAAAGAGAAGGAGACAUGAGGAAAAACUGAAGACAGGGGCAAGGAAGAACUAAAACUACAAAGAAAGAUAAAGAAAAAGAAGUUAACGAGAGAAAAGGACAAGAGAGAAAGCCAGAAAAAGAGCAAUACAAGAGGACCAGACAACAUUGCAGGAGAAUGUCCUUCCUGUCUGGCUCGCCGUGGAAGCAGCCUGGUGUUAUUAGUAGCAGCGGGUAUGGACAGUCUUCCAGUGGGCAGCAGCGGCAGCAGCAGCAUGAACAACAGCAACACAAACCUCUCAGUGCCAUCUCUGGUGCCAACACCCCCACAGUCGUGGCCUCCUCUCUGCUGUCACCUUCCAGCCCGGCCCCUGCCCAGCACAGUGAGUGGCACAGCCAAGGCCAGAUGGCACCUGGGGGGCAGGUUGCGGCCGCCGCCACCGCCCAGGGGGGACUUAGAACAACAGAAGAUGAGGUUAAAUUAGGGAGAAGCAGGACUGGGGGUGUGUGGUCUGGGGCAGUGGCAGAGGCACCGACAUCUGCAAGCAUGCCAGCACUGAAGAUAGAGGACGAGGGUUCCAGAAGGGGGAGGCUGAAGGUGGAAGGAAACGUGUUGGAAGGGGCAGUGGAGUCAUUAGGUAGUGCAGGACAAAGCCCCAGCAGCCACUUGUCUUCCUACUCCUCCCCAUCAUCUGCAUUACCCUCUCCUUCUAUCUCACCUGGGAAAUCACUUCCAGAUUCUACACUAUACCCUAAACCUACAACAAAACCAAACUGUGGACCAGGUGAUCUGCAACAAAAUUAUACAGGCAGCAAAGAUGGAUUUUACAUCCAAGGACAUCAAAUGACUUCACAAGACCAGUGCUUGCUUCCUCCUCUAAAACACGCCCCAGGGCUUGAGGAGAGAAACUCAUCUAGCCCUUCCUUCGCGGCUGGUACCAUUUCAAGUGUAGGAAAUAAAGAGGAUGAGAAGAAAUCUGUCAGUUCCCCUAAAUGUCGAGGCCUUCACGGAAGUCUAAAAGAAAAUUUAGUAGCAGGUCUGAGUGGAAAUCAAACCCUGAAGGCAACCUCAGGAAAGCAAAGUGUUGAUACACAGCCUGUUGGUACUGCUCCUGCUGCUGAUCCAACGGGGGGUAAAGCUGGUGCCACUGCAGGGGCCACAGCAGGCUUACCACCAGCCUCAGCUAACAAAGCUAAAGUUGGUUUUGGGGUAGGUUUAGGGGAGAGUGGUAUGGAGAGAGACAACACAAGCCAUGCUGAAAAUAGAGGGGUAGGGGCGGGUAUUUCACCUAGUAUAGGCAAAAUAGAGAGUGAGAUUGCAAUCCAUGACCUCUCAAAGGAUUUAAAUCGUGUUGAUGAUGGGAGAGUGGGUUCAUCUGCGACAUUAAAUAGAGAAAAAAAAACUAGCCAGGGCAGAGAAUUCCCACAGCGGACUACAGUGAGACGCGCAAUGUCUGACUGCUCACACCUGUCUGUUCCCAUGGUAAUGGCUGGAACGUACCCCAUCAGUAUUGGAGGCUCACCAGUGAUGACGCCCAACGUGUCGAAUUUUGCCAUGAUGGGAUCAGCUUGCCCGCCGAGGGUGCCUUACCCACACGUCGCUGUCCGACGCUCAUUCACGGUCAUGGAUGGUGCAGAAGCUGCUGCUGCAAUGGCGACCAUGAUGUCAUCCCAGUUAAUGACAUCGCCUAUAUUGCCGUCAUCCCCACCUCCUAGGAGGUACCAUGGGAGCUGCGAGACCAACUUUUUACUUCCUGUUCCGCCCCCUGCAGGAAUGUCUAUUAACAGCAACCAAGAUAAUACACUGAACACACAGGUGAAAUCUGACAACAAGGACAAGCAGGAGAAGAUGGACAUCAUGUCCGGUAAGCCAGAGAAGAUUGACGCUUUUGACAAGAAAGAGGAGCAGCAGAAGAAAGACAAUGGAACAGACAAGAACCAGAAGUCUGAGAAGAUUCUCAAAGACGAGGAAAAGAUGGAGAAGUUAAAUGCGGAGAAGAACAAAGCCAACGAAAAGGCCGAAAAGGUGGACAAGCCGGAGAAGACCAACAAAGACGAGAGGAAGGAGGAGGAGAAGAAGCUGGCUGAGAAGAAGGACGAGAAGGGAGGGAAAGGCACAGCCAAGUCCUCAACAGGCAUUGGCAGCAAGACCUUGCCAAGCCCUGAUAGCAAGAGCAAGCCUGACAUGGGUGCAACCAAACCAAACUCCACCAAACCCCGUCCAUCCACCCUCUCUACCAAUGGUGAGGCCACCUCGACCAAACACUCCUCCCCCACCCCAGCCUCAGCUAAUAAAAAAAGUCCUGUUACCAAGGCGACCACACCCAAUGCUGCCAAACGCCUGCCAAUGGCAACUGCUUCCGCCAAGACUCCAGAAAAUAGUUUGUCUGAGAAACGCCCACCUGCUCCAAGGGCCACACCCACACCACGUGCAGCUGCCAAUAAGAACGGGUCCUCCCCGACCGCUGCAAGCAAAGCUACUGUUAACAAGAAUGACAAGACUGAGAACAAGACGGGGGAGGCCAAGAAACCCAAGACCACAGCCCGUCCUCGCCCAGCCUCCACCACCACUCCUGCUACUCCGGCUGCCUCCACUAAUGGCGACGCCAACGGCGCUCAUCGCCGCCGGGUCAUCACCAAACCCCCUGUGCCCAAGCAGGUCCCGCUAGAGAAGAAGCCUGCAGUGCCUCGCGCUCAUCGAACCCCCCGGCCUAUCAACGCCCCAACGCCAGACCUGAAGAACGUCCGCUCCAAGAUCGGAUCCAUUGACAACAUCAAGUACCAGCCCGGUGGAGGAAAGGUCUCCUCCACCCCGAACAACAAGACAUCAGACCCCUGCACCCCAGCCGCCAAGGCCAGAGUUCAGAUAGUGCACAAAAAGUUGGACUUCAGCCAUAUCACGUCUCGCUGUGGCUCCAAGGACAAUAUCAAACAUGUCCCUGGAGGUGGCAAUGUGCAGAUCCUGAGUAAGAAGGUUGAUGUGAGCAAGGUGACCUCCAAAUGCGGCUCUAAGGACAACAUCAAAUACAAGCCAGGUGGUGGUGAUGUGAAGAUUGAGUCCCUUAAGGUAAACAAUAAGGCUAGGUCUAAGAUUGGAUCUAUGGACAACGUGGGGCCAGGCAAUGCACAGACCAAUGGACACAAGGAGGAGAAAGCAGAGGAGAAGACUUCGUCACCCCCAAGUAGUGCUCCAGCAACAGGACCAGUAGGCGUUGCUAAGGCAACAGGACCAGGAGGUGUUGCUAAGGAGAACGGGGCGAAGGAGCCCACACCUACUCCUUUUGGGGGUGACGGACUGAGGGAGCCCCUUAGCAUAGACAAGCGCAUCACUGAGAAAAAUUGAAUCCCAGUGACCUGUAGAUUUUGGUGGGACUCGCAUGCAGUCGCCGACCUGCCAAUCAACAGACCAACCAACCUACCACAGCGCAGUCACUUAACUCCUGCCCCGCCCUUCAUCUCGCCCACCGCAGCACCAAACUGAACGACCGCCUCUUAGUGUUUCUCUGGGGUCUGCUUGCCAGCCUCCCGCUACCAACCCUGUCCUCUGACCUCUCGACAUCCUUGGGUUGACCUUUGGCCUUGCCUAUAACAGAGAAGAGCACUUGCUGUUUGUCUGUGUUUCUCUGUGUGGGGUUCCACCAGCUUCUAGAUUGCUAAAAUUCCUUUGUGAUCACUGAUUUAGAGGACCUCAACUCCAAAUCUAACUACCCCAACGCAAUAAACCCACUAUCAUAGUCAACGGUGUAUUAACUAUAUUGAGCAUAGCAAGGUUUUUCAUAGAAUAUUUCCAUCUAAGAGUCUUACUCUUGUUUAAACACUUGUACUUGUGUUCCACACACCCUUACAAAUCCCAGAGGAGUUUUGAGGUUUAACCCUGGUUUUACCCAAUUUGAAAACCGCUUUGAUCUUUAAACGGUAAUGCAAACUUUUGCCCCCCUCCCAUCCAAGUCCUUACCCAUUUAGCCCUAGACCACAAUAACCAGCUGAGGGCUUGCUACCAGCCAGCAGCAGGGCAAAGACUGUCAGGUAUGCUUAAAAUCAACACAUUCCAGCCUCCCAGGCAGCCAGCAAUUAUCUCCAAAUCUACAGUAUCUACAGCACCGCACAAUAUCUGAUUAUAGAUCUUUCAGAUUUAAUCUCCCAUUACUACUCUUGGUGUCAUUGCACAGGGUUGUCUCCUCCAGAUGUAUUACAAUAAUGCUCAUGCAGAGCAGAGUAGAUACGGUUGGAGAGAUUUCGAUAUAAAAUGAUAGUGAUGGUGUAAAGAAGCAUUAAGUGGCGUUAUGCACGAGGAACUUUAAAAGCUACAAUAAAGCAGAUGAGCUUGUUUUUUUGUGCAUGACAGUCAUCAAGAAAGGUAUGCGUAAAGUAAUUGGUGAUAUCUUCUUUGCUUCUCUGAGUAGCCUUGGUUCAAAAAGGAUUUGGCACUGAACGCAGUUAUUCGAUACUUCAGCCAAAUAUUUUUCCAAGUUAAGAUAACGGUGUUUGACCUUGAAGGAGGGACCAGAGAUUCAAGCUGAGGGACUGAUUCUGAACAGGUUCUCAUAACAGUUAAUGAUCAGUGUUUAAUGUUGGAGUUAAACUGUGAGCAGCUGCACCUUUUAGUCAAGUAAUGUGAAAGCAACGAUGCACAGUAUAUUGCAUGUAGCACCUUUUUUGUUGCAGACAGUGUGAACUACCAUUUCAUAAGCUGCUGUGAUAAGAUCAGGGCACACCACCACUUAAAAUGGAGAAAUGUUUCGGCAAAAUCCCUUAACUUGAAUCAGUGGUUUGUCAGUAAAACCAUGCCAAUGUCUAACAUUUAGUUUUACUUGGGUGAACCUGGACCCUUGAAUGUGCUCCAUUGACUGGCAGCAAGCCUGAAGAGUCCAAAAUGAUGGAAGCUUUCAUUAUUUUUUUUUAUAUUUAAGAAGAGCAUUAGCAUUUGCAUGUUCUCUGCUUGCCACGGUCUAAGUGGCUAUUAGCUCGUAGUCCCUUCAGCUCCGAGCCUCUAGAACCAAGUAUUUCUGAAGGGACACGCCGAUGAGUUUUGCGGUUCCACUCUCUGGUGUGACAGGGCUUUAAUUCACAACAAUACAACAUCUUGAAAUUUGUUCAUACGUCAGGGUAUAACUGGUCACACGGUCUUUGCACACAUCCACACACUGUGGAUAUUUAAGCACUGCAGACGCAUUCAGAUUGCGUUGAUGAAAGUAAUAGAAAAAGUCACAAAUGAGCACCUUAUGUUGAAAAAAACAAACGUAUCUUAGUGUAACACUUUCAAACCCCUGACCCCCUUUUUUCUCUGAAUAAGCUCAUGCCGUAAAGUUUAUGGGCAUUAAAACUAAAAAGUUGUUUCAGUAUAUCUAUUUCUGCCGCAGCUACAGUGAUACCAAACCUUCCAUGUAUCCUCCAGUCCCACUCAUGCCCAUGACCUCCCCUGGGAGGGGAGGGACCCCAGCAGUCACCCUGAGCUUUGUCUAGUUUAGUCCGCAUGCGGCUAUUACAGGCAGACAGACAGACCGCACCGUCCUCCUCUCGCGCACGUGGCACUUCCUGGUCAUUCAGGUCAUCCAAGUGGGAUUGAGUCCUCCCACUAGCCGGUGCGUCUAAGAACCCGCUCUGUGAUACCUGCUCCCUUUCUACACACAAACACACAUACAAAUAAGCACAGAUCUAUACAUGAAAGCACACACAUGCUUGUUGGUGUGCAUGCACUCUCACACACGCACACACACACACACACACACACACACACAGAAAUCAGCACAUAAACACAAGUACAGUAUGAUACACAAACACAAAGCAGCACCCUAAAAUAAAAAGGGCAUGCUGCGCAUACAGGAAUCUCUCUGUUGUAGAAUGAAACCAACUCUUAAUUUUGUUUUGGUGGUCUAUGCUGAUAAUGUUAAAACAAUGAUGAGCUGUGUCGGUGUCUUGUUUCUGCCGUAGUCAUUGUCUGCCAUUUGCAUCAUAGGCUCACCUUGUGCUCUCUUGUCUGUUUCCUCCUCCAGUGUUUCACUCUGACAUUGUUGACAGCGGUACAGUGAUCUUAGUUGGGCAUGCCCCCUGUUGCCCGUGCAUCAUACACUUGAAGGGACAGACAGACAGAGAAGGACCACAGAGGUUAACAGGUUAGGAGAGCAGCGGGUUCACAUGCAGGAAGAGAUGUCAAUUCAAGGGAAUAAUAUUGUUACAUUCAUGGCAUGUCGGAAGUUGGAAAGUUCUUUGCACCUUUUAAUUUAUUUACUAAUUUAUUUAUAAGACUAGUAGAACUUGCUUAAAGCCACUACCAAGCCUCUUGAGGUGACUACUGCACAGCAAUUUCUGGUUAUCUGUUUCUCUGGCAUGUAUCUUACUUGACUUCUGUAGUGUAAAUAGAUGGACGCAAAUUGCUUUUUUAAAUGCUGGUUGUUGUUGUUUUGUUUUUUUUACACAUUAGUUUAUCAUUGUGUUGUAUAUGAUAUCACUGGAUAUACAAAAACAUUUUUAGAAGAUAAGCUAUCUAAAAUUCUGAAAGAUACAAAAAUUUAUAAAAAAUAAGAAUAAGAAUCAUUCAACUUCAAUGCACUGCAGCUCGAAAAUGCCAUGAAUGCAGCAGUAUCUCAGCAAGGCAGAACCAAGAAAGGCCUGUAAAUACAGUACUGCAGUUGGGGCCAUCCAGAGGUUUUUCAAGUUGUCUGUCUUCGGCAAAUAUACUCAUCCUCGUUUAAAGUUAUAGGACAAAUUAAAAUGGUCAUAGGUCAAAAAAAUAAGGGGUUAAUGAGAAAUAAGCUUCAAGUUGUAGAGAAUCUUAUUUGUGCUCAAUUUCCACAAUUGUUAAAUGUCUUAAAUGAUCUAAUGUGGAGAACGAUCCACUGUUCUCACUAUUUUAAGGAAUAAGUUAGUUUUGGCAUUUUAGAUUAUAUUAAAUCAACACUGUGAUGUGAUUUUGAUUUACAGAAUACAAGCGUUGUGAUGUGUCACACCGGUAAAAUGAGUCUAAGCCGCUGUCUUCACGGAGACGGCACUGUCUUUUCACUGUAAUUCUAUGCAUUAUGCACUAAAACUCCGCUGAAACUAUGAAGGAUUGGUGAUAUGUUUGCGGUGUGUUGCCAAACCUGUCAGAUGUUUGAAGUGUUGCUACUGCAUCCAUCUUGCAGAAAGUGUUGCUUAGCCUCUGGAACACUGAGUGUCUGGCUCUGAGACCUAACAAAGGCUGGCUGAGAAACUUAACAUUACCAUUAGAGGAGCUAUUGCCGAGUUACAUGCUGUUCCCAUUCAAACGAGCUUUGAUGGCCGCACUGUAUUAUUGUCUCUGGAACCCUACAGCUGUCAAAACCAUAUGAAAUGUGUAAAGUUUCCCCUCAAAACUCAAAAGUCCUGUGCACUUUGAACACACUCUUGAAACACUGACGUGAUAUAAACGUUGCUUAUAUUUCGUGAUGUGUUGUUCCUCCAAAUCAUUUUCAUUAGUUGCCUAAAAGACUGUCGCAUGAUGUGUGGAUCAUAUGUGGAUCUGUCAUCAGGAAAAGAAGAACAAAGGGAUGAACGCUCUUUGAUAAGAGAUAGGCAGUGGUUUGUGUGUGUAGAAGUAGGAACAAGUUAUAGCUUUAGUGUCUGUUGGAAGGGCAGUGAAAAGUAUCAUAUGACGGGAUAAAGUUGAAGUUGUAUAUUCUGGGUGACACUCUGGUAAACCUUCACUGUAUCUUGGUCAGGUUCCUGGGUUUUAGUGGCACUUUGGUUAUCUGUGUUGUGCUGUUGGUAUUGAUGGGUCAACACUGAAAUCUGUCAUCUGCCCUCAUGUUGUUUCUGUUAACUCUGACUAGUUCUUACUUUCUGACCAAGCUUCAAAGUCGCAUUUCCCAUAUGAGCCCGUCUCCAUGAAGUUUGCAGAGCUUGGCAUGAGAGGACUGGCAUCAAGGCUGCCUCCAGAACAAUGUCAUAAACAUUGUAAACUGAUUUCAGUCCUCUGGCAUAUGGUAUGUUAAGUAAUACUAAUGAGGUGAAAAUAAUAACUGGGUGUAGCUGAUGAUAAAGAUUGUGAAUCUGUUUUACAAUUUAGUAAUCUACAAAUAAUCAAAUUUAGAAAUAUAUAUAUUUUGGUAGCAACUCAAAAAAGGGUAUAUCGGUUGGGCUUUACUUUACAUACUGUUUGCUAAAGUAGUAGCAUAUGGAGCUAUCCAAUGAAAGUAAUAAUGGUCCUAAUUCUAAAGAAGGGCCACAUUAUCCCUUAAAGUCAAGGUUAAACAUAAUCUCAGAGGAUAGGACUAGGUUUAAGACUAGAUUUAUGCUUUUGGCUACAGUAGUAACCGGUAUGCACUAAUUAGGUGAAGCAUAUUGUUGCAACUUUGCAACUUGAUACAAAUUGAAAAUAACCAGAUUCACUCAGAUAUCCGUUAACAACUGUUGUCACACUCAAAUACCACCUGUCCUCUAGUAUGUCACACUGUCCCUUGUGUAUACAGUACAUUCAGAUUCAGACCCCUCACUUUUUUCACAUUUUGUUGUUUUGUGUCAUUAAGCUAAAAUCGCUUUAAAUGUAUUUUUUCCCUCUUCGGUCUACACUCAAUACCCCAUAAUGACCGAGCAACUACUAGGGGAGAUUGAAAAUAUCACAUUGACGUAAGUAUUCAGAUCCCUUAGUCAGUACUUAGUUGAAGCGCCUUGGCAGUGGUUACAGCCUCAAGUCUUCUUGGGUAUGACGUGACAAGCUUUGCACACCUGGACUCCGGGCAUUUCUGCCAUUCCUCUCUGCAGAUUCUCUGAAUCUCUUUCAGUUUGGAUGGGGACCGUUGGUUAAAAUUCCCUCCUUUUCAUGUCUCUGGCUUGGCCACUCAAUGACAUUCCCAGAGGUGACCCUAAGCUUUUCUUGGCUGUGUGCUUAGGGCCAUUGUCCCGUUUGAAAGAUGAACCUUCAACCCAGUCUGUCACUGCUACUAGAAAAACAACCCCACAGCAUGAUGCUGGCUCCACCAUGCGUCAGUGUUGAGCAGAUAUUAGGUCGGCGAUGAGCAGUGCCUGGUUUCCUCCAGACAUGACGGGCAGAAUUGAGGCCCAACACUUCAACCUUUGUUUCAUCGGACCAGAUAAUCUAGUUUCCCAGAGUCCUUAAGGUGCUUUCUGCAAGCAGGUUUUCUUGUGUCUUUCUCUGAGGAGAGGCUUCUUGACUGCUGGUGUUGCAGUUUUCUUUCGAGAAGUUAAACCCAUCACCACACACGAUCUCUGUCCCCCAGCCAGAGUGGGCAUCUGGUUCUUGGUCACCUCUCUUACUAAGACCCUUCUCCAACAGUUUGACCAUGUGGCAGGCUCUUGGAAGAGUCUUGGUUGUUCUGAGCAAUGUCCAAGCUGCUGUGGAGGCCAUGGAUGGGGUUUUACUGAUAUGCAUUGUGGCACUUUAUAUAGACACCUAAUAUUGGGAUAUGCCAUUCCAAUCCAUUUUCCAUAAGUGGCUCUAAUCAAGGUAUAGAAACAUCUCCAAGAUGAUGAAGAGAAUGGGGGGCUUGGCAAUUUGCCUGAUACCUACUAAUAUAAGUCAUUAGGGGGUAUUGAGUGUAGAUCGAUAAGGGGGAAAAAAAAGUUAAGUAAGUUUAGCGUAAUGUGCAAGGCACCCAAGUGUGAAAAAAAUGAAUUGAAUGGGACUGAAUACAUUCUGAAUGCAUUGUAGUUACAACCCUGUUUUUGUAUUAUUCCAGAAGUAAUUUAAAAUCAAACAAAAAAGGAAAAAGAAACGUAUCUCAACAGGGUGGAUGUUGACAGAUGAGCUUUAAUGUUCAUAAACCUGUUACAGUUAAGGUUAAUAAUGGUAUUAUUAUAAGAUUGAAAGCAUAGUUAAGGAAAAGUGUUCCUUUCCUUUUUCAGUCUGCCUUUUUUCCGCCAAGAAAGGGCUGCUGAAGUUUCAAGAAUGUUUUCAAAAUGUAUUAAAGAUGCAAGAUAUUUGAAUUCAUGUAUGAAGUUUGUCUCUGUUCUGUUUUAGAAGAUACUGUAGAUCACAAAUGGAUACACUAUUUACCAGAUUCAAAUUCAUGGGUAGGAAGGGAGCCAACGUGUGUCAUGUUUGGUAUGGUCACAUACACUGCACAAGACAGAGGCAUCACAGAAAGAAAACCUGGAAUCACAGCUUUUUCAGAAUUGGUCGGUGAACUUCACCAAAACAGAAAUAAACAAUGAAGUUGGUUUCCACUUUAGUUUGCAAUGUACUGCAUAUGACACCUGACACACACUGGUCAGCCCUUUCUUCUGCCCACCACCACCCCCAGUUAGACAAAGGGUAACAAGACUUAGUCCUUUUGGCAUGUGGUAGAAAGUAAUGUUCUGUAUUAGUCAGCUCCUAUAUAGACGCCUUGACAUACCUACCAACACAGGACUGAAUGAAGGGAAGUUUAACCUAACCCUAACCCAUCUUCUCAGUGUCAGUAAAAUCAAUUGAGAAUUUAGGACGUAUCUCUCUAAAAAGCUUAUCAAUUGAUGCUGAGCGAACAUACGUUUAACUUGACCAGUCUUUUUAAAAGAUACAGCUAUAUGCCCGAAGUGUAACUGGGAACGGGUUAUUUAAAGGCGGUGUUGGUAGAUAUGGACCUGGAGCCCAUAACUGUGUCUCCCACCUACAGAGGCUUGUCAGCAUCACAGCACUGAAAAGUAGUUUUCUCUUUUUACAACUUCUAAAAUAGACCAGUAAAACCAACAUUCCAAGUGAAGCGCAGAAAAAAAAAGACUUCUGUGUUGAAGUGUAUUGUAUUGUCUAAGUAUUGUUUUUGGUUAUUUUUCUUUUUCUGUACUUAUUUCAGCGACAUGUGCAAAUCUGUCAUAACGACCUGAGAGAAAACUUUUUUUUGUUGAAAAAUCUACUUUUCAGUCCUGUGGAGAGGAUCUGCUGUAGUGUGCUGUAUUAUACUGUAGGGCACAACACCAUAGCCAGAGCAUGCAGACAACAACAAACAAACUGCUGGUUGUUAGAGGCAUUUGUCUUAUUAGAUAGAGCUCAUCUCCCCCUGCAAUUCUCAAUAUUUGGUAUGAAAGAUAUGUUCCUUGUGAUGAAUUGUUAACCCGUGAUGUGUAUAUUAAUCAUGAAAUAAAAAGAUGAGCAAAAGAUCA